AUGUCACAGCCGACAUAUCAACAAGCACCUAUAAGACCUCCGACAAAUGGCUCUCAGUACACAUUGUCGACACAGUAUGGACGCCCUCCUAGACUUGAUGUUCCCGAGUGCAUAUUGUAUGGCGCGUUCAGCAUCUUUAUCGUGCUGGACGCCUAUAUCAUCGCCACUCGGCGUGAACACAAUGACGCGAAGGGCAAUCGGCCGGUCCUCAUUGUUGUUUCUCUGAUGUAUAUUGUUGCGACAGUGCAUAUCGUUUCUACACUUUGUGAGAUAAAUUUUGGGAACAUGGAGUCUGCACAACUUGGGAAAGAAAUUUGGCGCUUUGUGCGAGACAAGGGUACUUCAUCGCUUGAAGUACCGUCGAAGCUCGGGUUUGAAAUAGCGAGUAUGGAGGUGGUCCAAACAGCCUUAUUUUCCAUCCAGCUUUGGCUUGGCGAUGGUUUUAUGAUCACGUCAACCAUGAAGGAGUUAGUAUCAGCUGGUGGUACCCAGUUCUCAUGUCCGCUUAUGCUGCGAGUUUCGCCGUUCAUCUCAGCUGUACGGAUCGCCAUGAACGCCAUGCCGUCUUUAAUCGGUAUCACAUUCUCAAUAAUCAUCGUCAGGAUGGGCCUUGGCGUAUCUGCUGAGAAGUAUUUAAAAGUGCACAUGGCCACUCUGCCAUUAGCGUUCGCCGUGCCAGAAAUCGGCGAUAUUAGGGCGAACUCCGCCGAACUUGCUGGGUCAGGCUUGUCCGCCAGUUUCAACGAGUUCGAGCGCGGAUGCAGGUUGGCUAUGUAA